CUACUAGUCGUGAGAGCGUGGCCGCACUACUUACAGACGUAAGUAUUCGUCCAACACCGCUUCUCGGUGCAACUGUUGUCCCUUCUGACAAUCGGGAUGGGACCGUAGAAAUCUAGCAUCGACAGAGUCGAACCUAAAGAUAUGGGCAAUGGACUACCAGCAUUAAGCCAUCGAACAUGCGUGGUGUAAUUUGCCUCUAUUUCUUCAGCUCGGUUUCAGGCCGCCCAUGGCUUUCGCUCUUUUCCUGUUAAGACUUUUGGCCCCCUACUUAAGUACUUAAUUUUAGGCUGUGGUACAUUACCUAGCCAUCUACGAAGGGGUAAGGUAUGCCAAUUUGACCAUAAUCAUAUACAUAUUUCAUAUUUCCAAGACGCUCACUUGUCAGAGUCAAGAUUCAGAAUCUCGAGAAUCCUUCAGACUCAUUAGAAUCCUCCUUUUUUUUCAAUUAUGAGUUCCUCUUCGACAGGCCUUGGCCUCAGAGCCGCUGGCAUUCUCGACUCCAACACUCCCAAUUACGGUCCCGCUUUCUUAGGCUUCCACUUCCUCUUUGCCUACGGCGUUCUCUCCUCACGGACCCUGAAACAAUGGUACGGCAUCGACCACAAUGAGUCGCCACGCGAGGAUCUGGUCAAAUAUGGCGAGGACGCGGUGCGCACCGGUAAAAUCACACGCAGACAGCUGGAUAUGCUCAAGCGCAAUGAAGCGGCGCAUGCCAAUUCGGUGGAGAACUUCACGUUGCUUGUUGCGAGCGUCCUCUUCGCUUCACACGCUGGCGUUCCGGCACAUACAAUUAAUGCCGCUUGUCUGUCAUACACUGUUGCGCGGAUGAUCUAUGGCACGGUUUAUAUUCUUAUUGACCAUCCGACGUGGAGUCAAGUGCGCGGGAUCACAUGGUGGUGGGGGAAUCUGAGUUGUCUGUUUCUGCUGUGGAAGGCCGGAAAGCGUUUGGCUUAGUUCAUAUAUCGAUAUGGAGUAUUCCUGCAGGGACAAGUCCACGGAAAUCUUCUGAUUCAGUGUAGGAAAGAUCUGUGAAAGAUGCUCCUCAUGGUAUAGGGUACACUGCUGCUCGGUCUGAGCGGCGCCGAAGAGUCCGAGAUUGGCUCCAAUGAAACUGAUUACAACUCUAGAAUAUCUUAUCAAGAGCUCUA